CUCGAUGCUUCUCUGGGUCUAAGGGGUUCCGCCACUCGCCUACCCUCCCCCCAAACCCAUGACCCACCUCCGUCCCCUGCCCUCCCAGUCCAACCUCCAGUCGGUUUAGUAAGAAGGUGCUGUUCCAAAAAGAAGGAAAAGUGGGUGGCACGACUUGGCUCGGCUCUAGACGUGGGAAGUAAACCGUCUUCCUUCACCCUCACAUUCGCCCUGUGCUCGCGACGGCGGCGUUGGCGGACUGAUACGCGGCGGUGAAGAGGCAGGAGGAGGGGGAGGGGCGGAGCGUGGCAGCUGGCAGUAGUUCCGUCAGAGCGGACAUCUUGUGGCUGUGUCGUGCGCGUGAGCCCCGUAGGGCCGGGGAGGCACCAGCUGCCGCGCGGGGAGGAGGCCGAGGCCGCAGCUUGAGGGAGGCCCCGGCCCCUCUGCGCCUGUGUCUGGCAGAGCCGGUGUGAGACAAGACAAUCCUUCCCCGUCGCCCGGAUAAUCAAGAGUUUUGGCCGGACCUUUGAGCACACACCGGGAUAGUGAGCCAGACGAAAAGCACAGACUAUGGCGCUGAAACGGAUUAAUAAGGAACUUAGUGAUUUGGCCCGUGACCCUCCAGCACAAUGUUCUGCAGGUCCAGUUGGGGAUGAUAGUUUUUUUUUUCUUCCAGUGUUUCAUUGGCAAGCCACAAUUAUGGGACCUAAUGACAGCCCAUAUCAAGGUGGUGUAUUCUUUUUGACAAUUCAUUUUCCUACAGACUACCCCUUCAAACCACCUAAGGUUGCAUUUACAACAAGAAUUUAUCAUCCAAAUAUUAACAGUAAUGGCAGCAUUUGUCUCGAUAUUCUAAGAUCACAAUGGUCUCCUGCUUUAACUAUUUCUAAAGUUCUUUUAUCCAUUUGUUCACUGUUAUGUGAUCCAAACCCAGAUGACCCCCUAGUGCCAGAGAUUGCACGGAUCUAUAAAACAGACAGAGAUAAGUACAACAGAAUAUCUCGGGAAUGGACUCAGAAGUAUGCCAUGUGAUGCUACCUUAAAGUCAGAAUAACCUGCAUUAUAGCUGGAAUAAACUUUAAAUUACUGUUCCUUUUUUGAUUUUUCUUAUCCGGCUGCUCCCCUAUCAGACCUCAUCUUUUUUAAUUUUAUUUUUUGUUUACCUCCCUCCAUUCAUUCACAUGCUCAUCAGAGAAGACUUAAGUUCUUCCAGCUUUGGACAAUAACUGCUUUUAGAAACUGUAAAGUAGUUACAAGAGAACAGUUGCCCAAGACUCAGAAUUUUUUUAAAAAUGGAGCAUGUGUAUUAUGUGGCCAAUGUCUUCACUCUAAUUUGGUUAUGAGACUAAAACCUUUCCUCACUGCUCUAACAUGCUGAAGAAAUCACCUGAGGGGGAGGGAGAUGGAUGCUCAGUUGUCACAUCAAAGGAAGCAGCAUUAUUCAGUCAGCAUCCAUUCUUGUUUAAGCCUUCCAUUGUUAGAGAUUUGAGGUUACAUGAUAUACUUUAUGCUCAUAACUGAUGUGGCUGGAGAAUUGGUAUUGAAUUUAUAGCAUCAGCAGAACAGAAAAUGUGAUGUAUUUUAUGCAUGUCAAUAAAGGAAUGACCUGUUCUUGUUCUACAGAGAAUGGAAAUUGGAAGUCAAACACCCUUUGUAUUCCAAAAUAGGGUCUCAAACAUUUUGUAAUUUUCAUUUAAAUUGUUAGGAGGCUUGGAGCUAUUAGUUAAUCUAUCUUCCAAUACACUGUUUAAUAUAGCACUGAAUAAAUGAUGCAAGUUGUCAAUGGAUGAGUGAUCAACUAAUAGCUCUGCUAGUAAUUGAUUUAUUUUUCUUCAAUAAAGUUGCAUAAACCAAUGAGUUAGCUGCCUGGAUUCAUCAGUAUGGGAAACAAUCUUUUGUAAAUGCAAAGCUGUUUUUUGUAUAUACUGUUGGGAUUUGCUUCAUUGUUUGACAUCAAAUGAUGUAAAGUUCAAAAGAGUGAAUAUUUUGCCAUGUUCAGUUAAAGUGCACAGUCUGUUACAGGUUGACACAUUGCUUGACCUGAUUUAUGCAGAAUUAAUAAGCUAUUUGGAUAGUGUAGCUUUAAUGCGCUGCACAUGAUACUGGCAGCCCUGGAGUUCAUAGUUGGACUUGGGACCCAGCAGUUUUGAAACGUGUGUGUGGAGUUUUAAGAAAUUUAUUUUCCAGGUGCAGCCCCCGUCUUAAAAUUUUUCUUCACCUUGUACACUCGACAGCUGAAAAAAAUAACACGGGAGUAAUAAUGGGUCAAAAUUUUCAAAAUAAAGUACUGUUUUGGUGUGGGAGUUGUCAUGAGGCUGUGUUGAAGUGACUUAUCUAUGUGGGAUAUUGAGUAUCCAUUGAAAUGGAUUUGUUCAGCCAUUUACAUUAAUGAGCAUUUAAAUGCAACAGAUAUCAUUUCAGGUGACUUAAACAUGAAUGAAUAAAAGUAAAUGCUAUUGGAUUAUUUUUGUUUGACAAGUGCUAUCUGUGCUACUAAUAUAACUUCUGUAGUAACGAGGGCAUUACCAUUCUUUACCCUUCCUAAUUCUGACUUGAUAGUUUUUAAUUUUCUUCUAAUUAUUUUGUUUAUUGCUUUAUUUCCCAAAGUUCUGUGUUAAAUUUCUAGCACAUCUGUGACUUCUCCACUUCCACAUUUUUUUGCACUGCCUGCACUUGUGUGCAAUCUUGUCUGCACACAGAUGUGGAAAGCUAGAAAUGAUAAAGCAUAAUUUUUAUAAAUGUUUUAACACGUAGUUUGGACUUCAGGUUCUUACCUAAACUGGAAGUGAAAUGCAUGCCUUUUGAAGACGUUCUGGCUUUGUUGAUUCUGUAAUCAUUUCAUUUGAAGAUACUGUGCUAUACAGUUUUUCAUUUUGUCUUUUGCUUCAAGAGUAAUGGCUCCUUCAGGGAGCCUCAUUCGAAACUUGUUUUAAUUCAAAUUGUGAAUGAGAAAUUAGUUAGAUACUGCUCCACAAGGUAAGAAAUACUGUUCUUGGCUCUAUUUUCAAAGUAAUUAACUUCUGAGACUCAAUACUCUCAAAAUAACAGCUUUACUAGGCAUAUAUCUUGAAAGCCAAACACGUAUAACACUUUUGUAAAACAAUGGAUCCCUCACUGGCUUUCAAAUGGACUUUUUUAGCCUUAGACAACCAUUAGGUAUUUACAGAUAUGACUUCCUAAACAUUGAUUGUCAUAAUUAGUGGAUGUGUCCAGUUCUCUUUAUAUUUGACUUGAUGCUUUAUACAACGUCUCAUUUGUCACUUCUAAGGGAAUAAGCCAUAGAGGCAUACCCAGGUUUAAGAGAACGAUAAUUUAAGGUACCUGGAAAAUCAACAUUUUUGAAUGUAUGGACACUGGACUUGGUGGGAUCAUCUAUAAUGAAACUUUCUCCAAAAGUAGAACUUUUCCCCCACACCACCCAGUAACUUGAUACUACCAGUGCCAUGUGUAGGAGUAAAGUGCAGAUUAAGGAUUGAUUUUCUUCUAUUCCUAUGUAUUUCCUGUAUUUUUUAAUGCAUAAAUUUUUAAGUUUCUCUUAACCCAUAAGAAUGAGGGUCCAACUGAUAGCUGUUAAUAAAUUUGCAUUUUAAUUGACUAAUUUUUUUCCUGGGCAGGUUUGCAACGUGAUAAUCAGAUUUUUUUUUUUAAUAACUGUUUUCUUGUGUGGGUGUACUCACAUUUUAAAGUAUGAACCACAGUUAACUAGUGGUCUCAGGGGUAGUGAAACACUCACUUUUUUUUUAAUGGCUUAGUUGAAGUAUACUUAAGGUACUGAUCAUGCUGUGUUAGUGAUGGGGGGGUGCAACUAAAAUUAGCCAUGUUGUGUGUUGGCAUAACAAAGAUGUUAAAUGACUGUUGAUUACACUUUGAAGUGAACUUGUCUAUUUUAUGAGGAAUCCAGUGCAAGUCACUAAAUAUUGUCUAAUAGUGACAUCUGCAUAAGACUUGUAAUAGCUACAGUUAAUUGAGCUUAAAGGAAUUGUUACCAUUAAAGUCUUGUGUUUAAAGACA